CUUGUAAGACAUCCUCGUUGCUGAUAAUUUUAGGUCUAAUGAUCAUCUACAUGAAUUAGAAAGUAAAUCAAAAUAUUUUGUUGAUGUGAAAGAGGAAACCAAGAAUGAGCCUAGUCAACCUUCUGAAGAGGAACAUACAGAGUCAAUUGUCUAUCCGUUAUAUCAAACUAUUGAAAAAUAGAUACAAAAACACUAGCAGCAAUAGAAAUAGCUAUAUUAAUGGCUCUCAAGGAAUGGGAAGAGAUCAGAGCAUAAUAAGCAUGGGAAUUCUUAACGAAAUGAGCAAGAGUAGGAUAAUGAGCAGUAUUGAAGAAGAUAUGAAGCUUAAUCAGACAGAGCGCUUCUCAAAAGAGUUACCCUAUUUAAAAUAAGUUAAAAUAAGGUCACAAUGGAUAUUAAUGAGCAUGUGUUAGCCAGCUGAAAUUGCAGCCUUUUGUUGUCGGCUCGUUGCCAAUUUCUAGGUAUCUCUCACAAGAUUUACAAAAUAUUUAAUCAGCCCACGAAAGACUAUCGGACUGAGAUACAGAAAACUCUGAGGGAAUACAAGAGAUUGGCUGAGGAAGAUGCCUAUCGGUGGAUCAAAUCUCUUCUAAAUCUGUCUAACAGAGAGUUCCUCACCCUUAAGAAAACAGUCAAAGGAUACUGGGACCAAAGCUUUGCUGAUAAUAAAUCUGCAGCAUCUUUUGGAAAUAUAUUAGAGAGUCGCAUGACAAUCUGUCCCUACCGCCCUCUUGGAUGCUGAGAAGGCUCUUUCAUGUCCAGUGAGGAGGCAAAACAACUUGUUAGAACUGCUGGAAAUAUACGUAAUAUAUCAGAGAUCACUAUGCCGAGAGCUACAAAACUCAACUCUUGAGCUUGAAAUUUUCCAAAAACUAUACCUAAAGAGACACUGGUUAUUAAGAAAUAUGGAAAAGAAGUCAACCUUCUGAUUAGAUACCUCAGACAACCCAAUAAUGCCGAGAAGUUUAAAAAGAAGUUCUCAAUAGAUCCAGCUGAGCUAGAAGAUGACCAAAUAAAAUUUGAAUGCUCUAUGUCAGAUAAAGUUACUAUCAAAUAAUGAAUUUGAUAUACUCUUUUACCAAAGAUAUGAGCGUGAGUUGAGCAACUCCAGGGAAUUUUCGAUAACUUAUCGUCACUUUAAUGAGUUAAUGAAGAACCCUCAAAGGGUCCUCUCUGACAAAAUGUCUAGUUUAUUCACCUAUAUCAAGAUUGACACCUGCCUGGCCAAACCUGAUAAAAAGAAGAAGAAAACAGGGAAAUAUAUCAAAGCCUUAAAAGAUUUUAUUCUUGACUGUUCCGAUGUGCAGCCAACACAACGACAACUUGCAGACUCUGAAGAAGGAGUCAAUGAUCCCCAAAGAUUUGCUGCUGAAGGCUCUGAGGAGGAAAAAUAGCGAGCAGAGGAAAUGCUCCACCAAUCCUACCAGUGGAUUUGACAUUAUAGAAAACCCGGAAGAGGAGAAGAGCCAACUUUAUUAUCAGAAUGAUAAUCGUAUUAUUAAUAACAGUGCUCUAUUUUUCCUGAAUAGAUCCCCAAGAAUGAUGUCGAGCAUGAUAACUCUAAGAAGUACCUAUCUUGAAGGAUGGGAUGCAAUUAAAUUAAUGGAAAAGAUCAUCCUGAACAGAAUCUCUAAGAUAAAACAAAGAUUAUUCAAAAAGAAACUUUCAGAUGUAAAAAUCAAGUUUGCUUGAUUAGAUCUUGAUGAGGAUCAAAUAAGGACAGAUUUCUUGAAAAUCUGUGAGAAUAAUUCAGAUGAAAUGACAAGCACUGACUAUCCAAUAAAACCAUUCCUCAAGUUUACUUCCAAGCUGAUCAAGGAUGGAGACAGAUAUGUCUUUGGUAAAGUAGACAUGGAUUUCAAGAAGACAUCCUCCUCUGAUAAGAACGAAAAGGUCUUUAUACUUGAAAGCCUAGCUAAGAAAGGCAAAUGUUACCAAAUUAAGGAAACAACAUUUUGGAGUCAGAUUUUACUCGGAUUCUCAAUCCUGAUGCAAGAGCUGAAAAUUUUCACACAAAGAGAUAGCCAGAGCCAGCCUGAAGAUUAUCUUGAGGAUGACCCAUUUGCUUAUUUAUUUUAUAAAUUCGGUAACUACAAGGCAGCAGCUGACACAUGAAAGAUUAUUUACAGAGUUCCAGAAACAGAAGUAUUCUUGCAGCACCAUUUCCAGCAUCAAGAUAUUAUUGGCCAAGUAGCCUCUCUACAAAGAAUUGAACAUUAUGAAAACAACAUAGCAUUUAGUAGCCUUCUGGCAUAUGCUAGAUCAAGGACUUUGUCUGAAAAUCCUCCAGAUUUCGAGAUAUUAGACUGUUAUUUUGUAUUUUACAAGCAUGAAACGGAAGAAUUUAUAGAGUUCAUUAGUCAGAAGAUUAUCGGCUACCAAAUUUUAGCCAUUGCUAGGUAUCUCACAAGAAUGUUCAGGUCAGGACCUGAAUUCCAACGCUGUGACAUGGUCACCAGAGGUGGGAUCAUUGUGCAAGGAAAACUAUUAACUUUCAAGGGAACUACUCAAACGGCCAAAGAUCAUAGAGAUUUUGCUAUUCAAGCAUAUCUACCGCUUUAUUAUAUCAAGAGGAGAUAA